AUGUGUGCCGCCACGCUGCCACACAAUCAAUGGAUCGUGCGCUAUUCGCAGGUCGCGGCCUACGGCCACUGCGCCCUCCACUCGUACAACAGAUCCCAGUUCCCCCUCCCCUCGUCCAUCACCGGCGUGCAGGAAUUCACCGUCGGACCGGUCACCGCCUUCGCCGCUCGCACCGCCGCCGGUGACAUCGUCAUUUCCUUCGGCAUCGACGAGGAGGAGGAGCGCAGCAUGCUUCAGCGCGGGGGACUGACCCAGCUCGGUUCCGUCUCGCCCAAGUGGAGUGACAAGAGCAUCAACGUCAAGGUCCACACCCCCGUCGCGGAGCUGGCCCGCACCUUCAUCGAAUCGCCGGCGCUCGGCGAGCUCUCCUCCUUCCUCCGCGCGCAGCCUGCCGGUACCGUUGCCUUCACGGGAUUCUCCUUCGCGUGCAACGUCGCCGAGCUGAUUGGCCGCGAGCUCACCUGCAUCUUCUUCGGCCAACCCUCUAUCGGCACGAUGAUGUACGAGAGCGUUCGCGUCAUUCACCUGCACAGGCAUUCGGACCUCCCGAUUGAGAAGUCGAUCAGCUUCUACCGUCACGAUGACAACAUCGGCAUACUCUUCACGGGGAAGGUACGCGGAAUCUUCUACCCCGACUUUGAUGGCGAAAGCACUGGUAUCAUCCGGAGGUCCAUCAACUUUGACGGAAAGGUGCAUGGCUACCCCCAGCACAUCAUCUCCACCGAAAGCAAGGAGGACAUCCUUGGGGGGCACGACGCGGCCAAGUAUCACGAGUGCAUCUGUCAGAUGGAGGCUUUGGGAGAUGACCAGGUCGAGAAUAUCCCAUACGAGAACAAGUACAACGCAUGCUUCCAAUCUGCCACCACCCUCGCACAGAAGAUCAGUGAGAAGCACCUGCUCAGCCCCAAGCCGUUUGUCGAGCGCGUCUUCCCCAUCCGCGAACCGACAGAGUAUUUCCUGGCCAUCAUGCACGGCAACAAGUGCAUAGACGACGGGAUCAGCGACGGAGAGACGAAGGAUGUCAUUCGCAGGGCAGUCCCACAGGACCUUACCAAGCCUUUCAUGGGACUCGAGAACAUCUCGCUGAUGAAGAAAUUCAUCGACCAUGUCGUAUUCCUCAUCGAGCGCAGCAUGAAGAAGGAAUCUCUCCCCUUCCCAAGCACUGUCCACAACGUUCGCGACCUUCCGGAGUCGGACAUCAUCGCCAUCUGCACCGCCAUCGCCAUCACGCAGGACGAUCACAUAUUGAACUCCAUCUUGUAUCUGCAUGUCUUUGAUAUCCGCCGCAAGGCCUGCGCCAUAAUGGCCCAUCUCCGCCUGAUCGUCGAUGUAUGCAAGAUUGCCAUCAACUGGAAGGUCGAGUGCAUUUGGAACCCCCACUUCCAGUUCGUCACCGACCUCGACAAGUACCUGACUUCUUUCUCCGAGUGGCAAGAUGACAUCAAGUACAAGCUCGACGACUUCAAGGCAGACAAGGAUUUCUGGGAACAGCUCAAGCUUUACUCUGACGAUGUCCGCUGCCGCUACUACUUCUUCCUCUCACAGGAGGUCUUGAGAACCGCCAGCAAUUACCAGUUGCCCAUCUGCGUGCGCAACCCCCUCCUGUUUGCCGAGUCGGAGAUCGCAAUGGAGGCGCUGCCAGCCCCGCCCGCCUCCUCCGUCGAGCCGAAGAUGCGCGAGAAUCCAUUCAUCUUCACCCCGAAGGACCUUCUCAAGCAGGAGACAUUCUGGGAUGACAUGAAGAACUACGCGCACGAGAACAGCAUCGAUUACAGGUCGAUACACAUGCUCCGCCUCCUCUGCCGCUACAUGGACAAGCACAAUGUCGACAUCUUCGUCUACCUACCCCCUAGCGGUAAGUAA